AUGUUUCGGAGCAGACAGAAGCAGCGCGUCUUCGUCGCAAUCGUCGGACGACGAGACACGAACGUCGGAGUUUCCCAACAUCUUCCGCUAGGCUUCGUGAAUCACAAGUAUUUCGAGUUCUUGAGCGAAUUGCUGAUUCAUCUCUUUGUUUUGCAGUUGAUUACCCCUGCCAACACCCCUGCAACACCGCCAAACUUUCCAGACACAUUGCUGGCCUUGUCAAAGCUUUCCACCUCUGAAAGCGGCAACGGAAAUUUCGGCUACGGCAGCGGCAUUUCAAGUCGACCCCCUACACUGUCCUCCUCGCCGUCAGGGAUGGACGUGUCUCUGCAUUGUCCUGCGCCCAGCGGCGGGUCCGUGUUCGGCGACUAUCACUACCAGCAUCACCACCACCACGGGAACUUCUCGUUCGGAUCUCAGGCCCAGGCCGGCUUCAACUACCAGCCGCUCGACUCUUCCAGUGCGGCCAGGAGUCAACAGAUCCCGAUCCAGGCCCAGCGAUAGGCAAUAGUCGCUCUCCGCCUCCGUCAAGCCUUCUUCUUCUUUCAGUCGCCCGAUAGGAAAUGGAAAACGCGUUGCGGAUUUUUUUUUUUCUGGUUGUUUGUCAACUGAACUCGCGUUGUCAAUUUCCCCACUCGAUUCGCCAAGAACUGUUGAGGUAGAAUGCUUGUAAACUCUGUUGCGAAAUUCAGGAGCUGGCUAAAUUUCCUCCUGAUGGACGUAAAGGACUUCUUGUGCGACUUUGAUCAGUUGUCCUCUGCUCACUCAGAGUGAAAUAAUUCGUGUGUUCAGAGUCGUUAACGAAAUAUGAGCCGUGUUUCCCUGAAAAUGAGUCUCGUGUCCAAAUUGUAUCCGUUUUUUUCUUUCUCUCCUUGCUGUGCCCAAAUUCACUUCAAAUUUUGGCCAUCCCCAAGAAUUUCCUCUCUGUUACUGUCGCGCGAUUAUGUCGUUCUUUGAAAAUUUCUGAAAUUAAUUUUGAACCGAGACAUUUUGGUUUUCUUUUCGAAUUUUAAAAUUACAUAUAUUGGAAUCUUGCGAAACAGAAUGGGACUGAAACCUAAUACAGUAUGUUGUUCUAUUCCAAUUUCUGUUAAAAUUUUAGCCAUAAUUUCGCGUGAUUUGAGUAGAAGCCUGAUUCAUAUACUUCCACUUCGAGACGGAUCUUGAAUGAGGCUUAAUAUUUGGCAUUGUAGACAUUAAGAUGUACAUUAAAUCUGAAUCCUGUUCUAGGGAUUAGUCUAUCGAUAUAAAUUUUCUGGGAAAUGAGGCAUCAAUUUCGAGUUUUAGCUUUCGAAAUAGAAAAUGGUAAAAUAUUCUUCGCAUUUCGAUAGAUUUACUUGGCUCAAGUCUUCUUGAUGUGAUGAAAAAUUUUCGCAUCGAGUAAAUCUGAGUUCUCCCGUUUCAAACCAAUCGAGAAAAAUUGUCACCUUGCGUUCAGUUGACGGAAACUGCAAUCAGCCUCCCGAUUGUUCUCUUGUGUACCUCAAAAUUAUGUCGUUGCUUGUGGAGAAAGAGGAAAAAAUGUUUUUCUCUUUUGUUUGGAAGAAAAUUGCGUUGUGGGCGGGGAGGGUAAAGAAAAAAAAAGGAGAAACAUGUGGAAGAAAAAGACAAGAGGAAGUCUGUCUGUUGUGCGAGGAUUUUUGUGGAACUCACGGGUUUGCUUCAAACUGCGGCAGAAACGAUUGAAUCGUUUUUUUUUUUCCUCACCACCUGAAACGAUGAUUUCUGCGUCGUCUCCGCGAAUUUAGGUUAGGACUUCGGAUUUUUGUAAGCCUGGCCGUUAGGGAAUUUCGCUUGAAGAUUUUUCCAUGAGGAAAACCGUUUAUUUUGUUUCUCUUCCGAAAAUCGUACGUACGUUCCCUUUUGAGGUGGUGAAGAUUUUUCCCCCGUGAAUUUUGCUGGAUCGUUUUGAGCCACCCUUUUCGGACUUGCUGCGUUUGUAUUCCGGUCGCUCAUAUUGGUGGAAGAUAUUUUACCGGAUUUUUUUGUUUAAUUUUCCUUUGGGAUCAGCAAGAGUCUGUGAAAAGGAAAGCUAAAAACAUUCAUCGCAAAUCUGUCGAGGGAAUCACCGAUCACUGCAUUUGUAUGGUCCAGCGGCGGCGGAAAUCUUCCGUUAUGCCGUUCUGCGUUGAAGUCGCUUAGAAAACGGGUAUCAUUCACUUUUUAGUUUCCAAGUUUUGUUCGGGUUUCGAGAAGAGAUUUUUUUUUUUUUGUAAAGGACGGAAAAAUUUCAAGCGAGUUUUCCAGUGGUUGGGAAGAACACUUGGAUUUCCUGGAAAGCGUUUCUAUUUUAUUCUCCGGCGAGGAUGUGAUUUUUGGCUAGACCCGCUUACGGCUCUCGGAAUUCGAUUUUCUGUGGCUAAAGGUGUCGCAGUAGGCGGAGUGUGUCGCUUGAUUGGUUCAGGAUGUGGGCGUUUGAAGCUCGUUUGUUGUGAUUUUUGUUCCUCCUCGCGCCAGAAAAAGCAGUGGAGGUGAAUGAAGGAAUAAGCAUCGCGUGGGAGUGACUGCUGAAGAGUCUUGUAGACCGAUGGAAGAGCCUCCCUUGCGCAUCUGUUCUCCAGUUUUGUGUACAGGCGACGUUAACUGGUUUUUUCAUUGACGUAUGAUGUGCAUGGGAUUGAAGCGCGAUCGUGGAAAAUGGAAUAAAGAAAUUGCGAGAAACCUGUUGUCGAGAAACAAA